CUAAGUUGGUCUUUAGAAGAUGGCUACGAUGAGGACUCUUCUGUGCGCACUUAUCCAGCCAGAGUUUUGGGUGCUGGUACCAGAGCUGGUCUUUUUGUAGCAUUGCAAAGUUUCAAACAAGAAGUGGACUAUGCUUGUCGUGGUCCUAUACAGGGUUUUAAAGUUCUCCUGCACCCACCCAAUGAUGUACCCUUAGUGUCAAAGCAAUUUGUGCGCAUACCCAUGAGUAAAGAAGUUUCUAUAGCUGUUAGACCAAACAUGAUUACAACAUCGGCCGGUAUAUCUGAGUAUCAUCCACAUCGACGUCAAUGCUUUUUAAAUAGCGAACGCCAUUUAAAGUUUUUCAAAAUUUAUACACAAAAUAAUUGCGAAUUGGAGUGUUUAACCAAUUUCACUUAUAGCAAAUGUGGUUGUGUUAAAUUCUCAAUGCCUCGUACUCUUGAUAUGCCAGUGUGUGGCGAGGAUAAAAUUCAUUGUUACAACCGAGCCGAAGAUGAUCUUUUAUUCAAAGAGUUUAGUGAAGGUCUUAAAAAUACUGAUUUCAAUUAUAGAGGCGAAACGGAGUGUAAUUGUAUGCCUGCCUGUACAUCUCUGGUCUAUAAUACUGAAAUUUCCCAAGCUAAUUUCGAUUUGGAAGAUAUGCUAAAAGCAGCAGGUGAUACGGAAUUUUUUGAAGAAUUUCCCGGUUCACAAAUGACACGUUUAGCGAUAUAUUUCAAAGAGAGUCAGUUUAUAACCUCCAAACGUUCUGAACUUUAUGGUGUUACUGAUUUUUUGGCCAAUUGUGGUGGCAUUUUCGGUUUAUUUAUGGGAUUUUCCAUACUAAGUAUGGUCGAAAUGAUGUAUCAUUUUUCGCUGCGUUUGUGGUCGAAUAUGUCAAGGAAUUUAUAAGAAUUUAUAUUUAAGUUUUUAUUGUUUGUAUAGUGAUAUUUUUGUAGUUUUUUUUUUAAAAACUUUGUACAUUUAUUUAUUUUAUUUCUUAAUUUUGUACAUUUUUUGUUUUAAAUU